GUGGACAAUUUUUCAUCAAGACACUCACAAACCCAACACGCCAACCUCGUCAAACCGCAUCGCCAUAAUACCAGGGAUUCCCACUUAAAUUCCAAUCUCUUCACCUGCCCUCAACCCCCUCCACAAGGCAAUGCUCCUAAAACCCAUUUCGACCUCCAACGAGGACAUAUUCAGCACCAUGACCGGUUCCAACUCCCCCCCUUCACCACCACCACCACCACCAAACCACCAAACCGACGACGUCUGGGCCGCCUCCCCCACCAUCACCACCCCCACCACGGCAGCGGAAGGAACGGCGGCACCGGCAGCACCACCAGGGACAGCAGCAGCAGCAGCAGCAGCAGCAGACCACCAGCACCCCUCCGACAUCCCCCGCCUGCGCCGCGAGCACGCGACGGCCGGCUACCGCGACGGCGUCGCGGCCGCCAAGGCGCGCUCCGCCCAGGCCGGCUUCGACGAAGGGUUCGGGCUCGGCGCCGCGGUCGGCGCCCGCGCGGGGAGGCUGCUGGGCCUGCUUGAGGGGAUCGCGUCCGCCGCCGCCGCCGCCGCUGCUACUGCCGAGUCGGGGGUGAGUCCGGGAGCUGAGGAGGACGGUGCUGCGGGGGGGUCGGUGGUGCGCCUUUUGGGGAGGGCGCGCGAGGAGCUUGGCGUUGGGUCCGUUUUUGGGAGCGAGUACUGGGAGGCGGAUGGGACGUGGAAGUACGAGGUCGCCGGCGGCGGUGGUGGCGAUGGGCAGCGGCAGCGGCAGGAGGAGGGUGGCGACGAGGGGGCGGCCGGCGACGACGAGGUCGUUUUCGCGGAUGUCGCUGCGGCUCACCCGUUGCUGAGGCGGUGGGAGGCCCUGGUCCAGGCCGAGGUCAAGAGGUGGGGCGUCGACCUGUCGGUCCUGGCCGAGGAUGAGGCUGCGGCGAGGGACCACGCCGAGCAGCCGCCGCCGAAGAAGACGGAGAUCAGGGCGCCGGCUCAGUCCCGGGAGGCGCUGCUGUGGUGAGGGGAAAGAGUGGUUUUAUCGUCUCCAGACCCGUCCGCUGCGGGAAGUUUCCCCAAUCCGGCAUCGGACAGACACGGCUAUCAUGGUUAGUCCUGCAUGCCUCAGCCAUUCAACUAUUGCUUGUACAGCCGAGUUCGCGAUUGGGGCGUGGCAGGAGGGUCAGGGCCCGUGGAUUGUGGGCGCAGGCUUUCCUUGCGCGGAAAUCAUUGUCGUUGCGCGGCCUGCGACAGGGAUCCAAAUGAUAAGACCAAAGUCUGUAUUGUACGUCACCUUGUCUCGGGCUGCGCAGCCAAAAAAAAACUUUUA